AAGGGCCAACUGUUUGCCUGCCCCUUCUGGAAGAAAGACCCACGGAACUAUUCCGACUGUUUCACAAAAGACCUGAAACUGGUCAAAGGCGUCAAGCAGCACCUGUACCGCAGACACUCGAAUCCGAUUCGAUGUCCCCUAUGCCAGCAUACAUUCGACACAGGGGAUGAGCGCGAUGAACACGUUCGAGAACAAUCGUGCUUCCGCUGUCCGAGGGUCACGGAUGACAGCAUCUCCAGCGACCAGGUGCAACGGCUGGGCAAGCGAGGACCGGCAGGAUCAACCCAAGAGGAACAGUGGUUUAUUGUCUGGCGUAUUGUCUUUCCCACGCUGGAACCGCCGGCCUCGCCGUAUCUCAACACGGACUUGUCGGAGGAAAUGAACGACUUUCGCGAGUUC